AAUACACCUGGAGAUUCGAUCUCAACUUCCCACAAUCCUUCUCAGCACGGUCCCUCUCCGGCUCCGAUACCAUUCGCUUUCUCCGGCGGCUCAGGCAAUCGCCGCCAUUUCGAUUGCUGUCUUUACACUGAAGCUGUGACAUAGUCCUUAGAUCGCUGCUUCUGGUAAUGGAGGAGAUCAGGAAAGAAAUAGACAUUGGUGAUUGGCAUUCAAAUCUCGCUUACGAUGAAUGGACACCACUCCCUGUUCCUGGCUCGAGAGCAUCAGCUCGGUACAAGCAUGCGGCAGUGGUUGUUGAUGAGAAACUGUACAUUGUCGGUGGAAGCCGUAAUGGCCGUUAUUUAGCGGAUGUCCAGGUGUUUGAUCUGAGAAGUUUGACUUGGUCUAGUUUGAAACUGAAAACUGAAUCAUCAAGUGCUGGGAACAUCGAAGAGGAUGAUGACAGCUUACGGGAAGCUUUUCCUGCUAUUUCAGACCACCGCAUGAUUAAGUGGGGAAACAAGCUUCUUCUGAUUGGGGGACACUCCAAGAAGUCAUCAGAUAACAUGUCAGUGCGGUUCAUUGAUUUAGAAACACAUCUGUGUGGAUUCAUUGAUGCCUCGGGGAAUGUUCCGGUUUCACGUGGUGGACAUUCCAUUACACUGGUAGGUUCCCGAGUUAUUGUUUUUGGUGGGGAGGAUAAGAAAAGGAGACUGCUGAAUGAUCUGCAUGUUCUUGAUCUCGAGACAAUGACUUGGGAUGUGGUAGAGACAACGCAGACACGCCCAGCUCCCAGAUUUGAUCACACAACUGCUACACAUUCCGAUCGUUACCUCUUGAUUUUUGGGGGUUGUUCUCAUUCGAUCUUCUUUAAUGAUCUUCAUAUCCUUGACUUGCAAACUAUGGAGUGGUCACAGCCUCAUGUUCAGGGAGAUGUUGUAACACCUCGGGCAGGACACGCUGGAAUAACCAUUGACGAAAACUGGUAUAUAGUUGGGGGCGGUGAUAACAGUACUGGAUGUUUAGAGACCCUUGUUCUAAAUAUGUCGAAGCUGGUUUGGUCUACAUCAACCCAUGUAGGAGCAAGGCAUCCACUUGCUAGUGAGGGUCUUAGUGUGUGCUCAGCAUUAGUAUUUGGAGAGAACAUCUUAGUAGCUUUUGGCGGCUAUAACGGGAAGUAUAACAAUGAUAUAUUCGUUAUGAGACUAAAACCAGGAGAAUCCUCACAUCCCAAAAUCUUUAAGUCACCAGCAGCUGCUGCAGCUGCGGCCUCUGUCACUGCUGCUUAUGCCAUAGCCAAGUCAGAUAAGUCAGAUUUUCCUCCACCUGCAAAUCCAACUCUUAACGGAAUAGGAAACACCUUCUCUGAGAGAGAGAUUAGAAACAAAAUCGAUGCCAUUAAAGAAGAAAAAAGAACAUUGGAGUCAUCUGUUGCAGAAACCCAAGUAGAAAACUCGAAGCUCAAGGAAAGGAUAGAUGAAGUUAAUAGCAGCCACACUGAGCUAUCCCAAGAACUCCAAUCUGUACAAGGCCAACUUAUUUCAGAACGGUCAAGAUGCUUUAAACUUGAGGCACAAAUAGCAGAACUGCAGAAAGCACUGGAGUCAGGACAAUCCAUUGAAGCUGAAGUUGAGAUGCUUAGACGACAGAAGUCAGCGUCUGAUGAAGGAGCAGAUGGGACCGUGCAAAGGCAAGGCUCUGGUGGUGUGUGGGGUUGGAUUGCAAGGUAAAUCCCAAAUCAGUUUGGUUACUCAAAUACAUACAUCUGAAGAAAGCUCAGCGUUCGAGAGAGAAUCAGACAUUGGUUUAUAAUACUAUUUUUGAUGUGAGAGUAUGGGAUAUAUAUAAGUUCGUUCUUACAAAGUAUGCGAGAUUCAGAAUCAAUUUGUUUGUUAUGAAUGCUUUUUUUCUUUCCCCUUAUAUAUUGGAGAAAUUACAAAUUUUUCUUUUUGCUGGUAAAUAUAUCAUUUCAGUUUGAAACGUUUAAAACCAAUGUUUCCAACAAACAAAGAGCAAGGAUCAAAUGAUAACAGUCGUAAAAAAAAAAA